AUGGCUCUACUUGAAAAAGCUACUGAUUUCAAGCGGAGUGCAACCAGGACGAUGUCUGAAAAAUGGCAGACGUUCUCCAUGCCCGGAGCUUUCAGGAGAGCGAAGGAGGCAAUGUCGGGCCCAGCCAAGAUGCCUCAUGAUCCUCUGGAGGACCAGCGCGCGGAGCUGGUUGAGCUCGAUGCCCUCAUCUCCAUUCUGAGCACAUGCGCCAGCACUCUGUCUACCUCUGUUGAUAUGCUUGCUGCAGCACCCAAGCCCUUGUUUGAUCCGCUCAGCCGGUUCUACAGUCAAGGAAUGCCUGGGAGCACGGCCAUCCAAAAACUUUGUCUUCAAAUGGACUCCUUUGCUGUCCAUGUCAAGGAGCACGAGACAGAGAUUGAGGCAUUGCAAACCAAGCUUCGAGGUUUGUCCGAGCGGAACAGAACCGUCCAUCAGUCCUUUUCCUACCGGGACGCUGCGUGGACCAGUCAGGACCACUACACCAAAAAGCUCGAGAAGCUACGGGACCAGAUUGCCAAGAGCGGAACGUCGUCUGCUCUUGUGGAGAAAUUAAACAGAAACGAGGAUAAGAAGCGGAGCAGCCAACAGGAGUUUGCCACCCGGACCAGUGAAACAGGUCGGCAGGUGAAUGAGGCUUUGUCAAACAGGUGGCAGGAAAUUGGAGAGGUGGUUGCUGAGCUGUCCCGGUACUACACAGUCGUCUUCCAGGCCGCCGGGACACUGAGCCACGAACUCCAGCAGGUUUCUACAGAGCUGACAAAGCCCUCCACAACGCAAGCGCUCGCCAAAAUGGGUCGGGAGAUUGCCUCGCAGGCACAGGAGACAGCAAACACCUUCGUGGACUCACUUAGAGCCAGGUGUAGCAAGUGGAACGAGAGCCAGAAGCUGAGUUGUCAGUCCUUCAGAGAUAUUCUUUCUCAUUAUCCCCCUAUAAUCCCUAUCCAGAACAGUCCCAUAUUCCCUACUAAGCCCCAGUAA